AUGUGUUCAGAAUACAAAUUCACAUCAAGAAGAAUCUAUAGUUCUUGUAGGGAUCUACCCCAUCUAUCUGCACAACUUCAUUGGACCUACAAUUCAUCAACGGGCAUAGCCCAGAUCGCAUACCACGCCCGCCAGGGCCCACGUGGGUGGGUUGCAUGGGCGGUUAACCCGAACCAAAUAGGCAUGGUUGGGUCAGAAGCACUUGUGGCUUUUCAUAAUAGUAAUGGAAGUAUGACAGUUUAUACAACUUUGAUAAAUAAUUACAGUCCUUCAAUGGUGCCAGGAAAUCUUAGCUUUCAAGUUUCAGGUUUAUCUGCUGAGUCAUCGAUUAAUGAGAUUACUAUUUUUGCUGAUGUGGGUCCGUUUUCAGGUGGAUCUGUUGUUAAUCAAGUGUGGCAAAGUGGGAAUUUGGUUUUGAAUGAUGUCCCUCAAAUGCAUGCGAUUUCACAGCAAAAUCUUCAGUCAACAGGGGAAAUUGAUUUCUUGUACGAUGAGGAAAAACAUAGAUAG